GGUUGGCUGCCUGCAAAAAGCGUCAGAGCGAGCAAGGGGCAGAGCCUUGGUGAGGCGGCCACUUGAGGAGGGGACGGGAGCGAGCGGCGUGAUUCUUCACCGCCGCGCCGCCACGUACGGAGGCCACAACUCAAGGUGCGAUAAGAUAUGGUACUAGUCCAAGCUCAGAAUGGAGAUACUUGGGAGCUCGACGAGGAGGAAUGGCUACCAAUGCUGUUCGAGCGAUACCCACUUCGGAUCCCAGUGAAGAACAAGGAGGCGUUUGAUCAGCUGGUCAUCUAUGCUAGGGAGCGGCAGUCGAUGAUGAACCAAACUGCAUCUGUUGAGGAGGAGGAGGAGGAGGAGGCGAGAUUCGAUGAGGAGUUCAUCAAACGGUACAAUGACUACAGCUUGCAGCACAUCGGGCAUAUCGCAUCUGGUGCUCGGAUGUUGGCCAUGAAAGGGCUCCACAAGGCGAUCUACGAAAACCGGCUGCGCCGCAUGAUGGAAGCGGGCACAUCCCAGGAUCAAGCGAGGGCCGAUCUUGAUACGGUGAUGUGAUAGAAUGGUUGGAUACGAUAGGCGCCAGUUAGCUGUUAAAAUGGAAAUGUAGCAUAGCAGUUGUGAGUUUUUCGUCCCUAAGAAAGCAGCUUUUGUGUGGUGACAACUUAUUUCUCCAUUCUGUUAUUGUGAUAAGUUAAGAUAGAACCAGAUGAACUUAUGAGACUAGCAGUUAAGUUUGAAUGUCAGCUGAACUUAGUGCAAGUGUGC